GAAAAACUAAUACAGUUCUCGACAGUAUGGCUUCCACGCAGGAGAUGAGUGCUGUGGAAUAUCUCCAGCAACAUAAAAUCAUGGAAUUAAUGAAUAAUCUCAACAGUUUGCUAUUCUUUCACAGACCGGCUAAACCAAGGGAGUUUCUGAUAACUCAGCUGGAGAAACUGAGGAUGGCCAGUAUUACCGGUAUGGAUUAUCCUUGUCUGUUCAGUGAGUCUAAUUUGGAUGCUGUUUUUGGAAUAUUGGACCCUAGCAAACGAGGUUUUAUAACUUUAGUGCAGUAUGUGGAAGUGAUGAAAACCCUUGGGAUAACAUCGUAUGAAGAGCUUCCACAUGGAUCAAGCAUAAACCGAAUUACAUUAGAUACAUUUAAGAAAGAGGCGAAAAAUGGAUUAAUGAAGAGUUGUGCAACAUUCAAAUCUUAAGUAUCCCAGUAAUUAUUUUCCUGCAGAGUUGAUUCAGAUGUCUAAUGUGUGCAAUACAUAAAUGACUUACUUAAAUUUAGUGUACAUUUUACAUGAUGCUGUAGUAUGAGAACAAAAGGAAUUUCAAAUCAAACGUGUUUGCUUCUGUCCCAAGAUGCUAAGAAGCAAUGUUAUGUUUUGGUACACAUCGAACACUAACGAUAGCAGCUCUCCUUGGAGUAAAGUUCUGUGCUUUAUAAGAUACUUGCUGGCUUGCCACAUUUUUAAAACAAAAUGUUGGAGAUGAUCUAUGACUGUAACCAAGUUAUGUUAGACAUAAUGCUUUCUGACGUUAUACUGUUGUAGCAAAUGGCUUUGUAUUGUAAAAUAAAUGCAAUAAUCAAAUUAA